GGGGAGAUUGGUACGUAUACACUCAAGUUCAAGUUGAGCAUCCUCUGGCCAGGAGGGUCGAGACUAGAGUUUUCUCCUCCCUGCGACCCAACACCAACAGCCACCCUUGUAAGGGAAGGCUGCCCUAUCUAUCUAUAUAGUCGGAUCGAGCCCCCCCGGUCCGGCUCCAAAACUCUCUCGUCAGUAAUGUCCGACAACUCCACGCACUUCACCAUAACCUCCACAACAGUUCCCCCCCGGCGGUCACUUGCCAAUCCUUCUCGAGACCCACCCGAUCCCCAACACCCCAGCACCCCCGCACCUCAGACAGACACAUACUAGUACACGCACCAAUGCUCCUCCUCACCCUAGCCACACUCGUCACCCUCCUGGCGCGCCACGUCUCGGCUCACGCCCGGCUGUUCCGCGUCUCUGUCGACGGGAAAGACCAGGGCGACGGGCUGAACAAGUACAUCCGCUCGCCGGCGACCAACGACCCCGUGCGCGACCUCUCGAGCGCCGCCAUCGUGUGCAACACCCAGGGGUCCAAGGCCGCCCCGGACUUCGUCAGGGCCGCGGCCGGCGACAAGCUGACCUUCCUCUGGGCGCACGACAACCCGGACGACCCGGCCGACUACGUCCUCGACCCGUCCCACAAGGGCGCCAUCCUGACCUACGUCGCCGCCUACCCCUCCGGGGACCCGACCGGCCCCAUCUGGAGCAAGCUUGCCGAGGAAGGAUUCACCGGCGGGCAGUGGGCGACCAUCAAGAUGAUCGACAACGGCGGCAAGGUCGACGUGACGCUGCCCGAGGCCCUUGCGCCGGGAAAGUACCUGAUCCGCCAGGAGCUGCUGGCCCUGCACCGGGCCGACUUUGCCUGCGACGACCCGGCCCACCCCAACCGCGGCGCCGAGUCGUACCCCAACUGCGUCCAGGUGGAGGUGUCGGGCAGCGGCGACAAGAAGCCGGACCAGAACUUUGACUUCAACAAGGGCUAUACCUGCGAUAACAAAGGACUCCACUUUAAGAUCUACAUCGGUCAGGACAGCCAGUAUGUGGCCCCGGGGCCGCGGCCUUGGAAUGGGAGCUGAGAGGUUCCGGCCCGGGUUUUGGGCACCUUGAUCGGAGGCGGGAC